AUGUUCCGCAGUGUGCUCGUUGAAGCCGCUGUUCGAGUCGAGUCGCCGCUACUCGCUCAUCGUCUCGAGGAUGCGCUGUUGCACGCUUGCAAACAGCGCUUUUGCAGCCGCAUUCUGCCGUCGCUGGGCGUUUGCCUCACGGCUUUGCGGAUCUGUAAGCUGGUAGACGGGGCGGGAAAACAGUUGGCUUUGGAGAUAUGGCCUGUGGAGGUCUCCGGCGGUGGCCUACGAGCUCGAGUUCACGUGGAGCUCUUGCUGUGGAGCCCGCUUCCGCACGAGCUCGCUUUCGCUCAGGUCCGUUCCUGUAGCCGGUUUGGGAUACGUUUAUCCAUAUUGAACGGAUUCGAUUAUGCGUUCGUACCACCGGGGAGCAUGCCGGAGCCAUGCACCUAUCACGAGGAGCAACGUUGUUGGAGCUGGCGUUUCAACGAGGACGAUUUUGUCAUCGGUGAGGGUGACUGGGUUCGUGUUCUCAUUGAGCGUGUGGAGUAUGCCACGGACAGCGCAAUGGCCACUUUCGACAGUCCGGGUACUGUCGGUAGCGGUCCGCCGCUGCAUAUUCUGCCGCCGCCUGUACCCGUAGGAAGAACUGUUAUGGAAACGGAUCAAGCGAACGCAACACCCGGAGCGCAUCCCGAACAUGCACCGCCGCUGGAAACGGAACCGCCAGAAUUCUGGGAAACGCCCAGCAUUCUACCACUGCGUGUUUGGGCACGCUUGGACGCACCCGGUCUGGGACCGAUCGACUGGUGGUCGUAG